AUGCCUGCCGGAACAAACAAAUAUGAUAACAACCCCGGCGGUUCCAUCACCGAGCAGAUUGCCAAAGAUCCUAGCUCCAAGACAGACUCGACAGCGAGCAGCCACCCAGUCCACAACGACUCCGAGCCAAAGGGAGAUCCGGUUCAGAUCAGACAUCACCAAGCAAACCCAGGCCCGGCUAUCCCAAAAGACUUCCAGAAAUAA